UUCUGGCAAAACAGCUGCCCUUCCUUUGAUGAAUGAGGCUCAGUAUCUGCUGAUAAACAGAUCCAGUGCCUUGGAACUUCAGCAGCAAUUAAAGGCCAGCGAUGAGAAUGGAGAGGAGGAGCUAUUGCCAAUAAAAGAGCUCAUCUUGCAUUUCCAUGUCAAUAUUAUUCCCAGUGGAACAAGGGUUUUUGAAGAAGAGAAGUGGAAUAAAAUUUCAUUUGGAUCCUUGCAUUUCCAGGUGGUAGAUCCUUGUCACAGAUGCCAGAUGUUCUACAUUGACCAGAAGACUGGGCAAGGAAACCAGUAUGUUUUCCAACAACUUUCUGAGAGUCGAGAGAGAAAGGUAAGCCUGACUGCAAAUAAUGAACCAUAUUUUAUGAUCUAUGAAGUUUCUACUCCAGAACUGUAG